AUGUUCAAAGAUAAUCUGAAUCAAUGUGUGGAAACGAAUGCAGCCUUGUUUCCGGUACAAGCAGUUGUUAAGACGUGUGAUAGUCACAUCUCCGCGCAAGACAUUCCACCAAAUCUCAUGAAGGAAGUAGAGGAUAACAGUCGUUACAAGACAUUGGAAGCAAACGCCACAUUGUUAAAACUUCUUGUGGAUAAUAAAGAUGGCGUGAGCAAAUCAGAAGUAUUCGACAUGUUGCAUUCGAGGGAUGAAGUUGCGGAACAUAUCGACCUCCCUAUCUUUCCAGAAGAUGCUGAAGAGGGCCGCGUUGAUGUUCCUAUCAUACCUGACUCACAGGCCGAGUUCUUACAAGCUGGUGAGAUAGUUCGUAAGGACUCAGAAGAAAUGCAGUACUCAGAGGAGCCGGUUGGAACAGCAGCUGGUAUUAUGGUACUCGUAACCCUCACCAUCGUGUGUCUCGCUUACACCGCUCUUAUUGUAUGGAGACGGAUAUACUUGAAGAGAAAUGGCCUUAAACAUGAGCUAUUAAGAAAUGAGGAACUCAUUGCCGAGACUAGGAUAGAGGUAUGUUAA